AUGAGUUCUCAGUGGCUAAGUAAGGCUUUUAUGAAGAAGAUCUGUGAAAACCCGAAAAUCAAGUUGAGAAGUUUGAUAAAGAAGGCUCAUAGCAAGUGGAAUGUGGAUCUCACAAUGACCAAAGCUGCCAGAGUGAAGCAGCAAGCCCUGGAUGAAAUUAAUGGUACCUAUGGAGAGCAAUAUAGGAAGAUUCAUGACUAUGCUGCGGAGUUACUAAGGUCUAAUCCAGGGUCCACUGUUCAGAUACAAGUGGAGAGACCUCCUAAAUUUGAGCUAGAGACACCACCUCUUGGUACGGACCUAAGACCACGAUUUCAGAGGAUCUAUAUCUGCUUGGAAGCUUGUAAACGGAGUUUCAUGGUGUGCAGACCCAUGAUUGGCCUUGAUGGAUGCUUCAUCAAGACUCCAUAUGGGGGUCAAUUGCUAACAGCAAUUGGAUGGGACCCCAAUGAUCAGAUCCUGCCAAUUGCCUAUGCUGUUGUUGAAGCAGAGACGAAAGAUUCGUGGAGAUGGUUUUUGUUGAAUCUGUGUGAUGAUUUGGGAGUUGAUAAGAUCAGAUGGUGUAUAUUCAUGAGCGACCAACAAAAGGGAUUGAUUCCAACCUUUGAUGAGUUGCUGCCUGGCAUAGACCACCGUUUUUGUGUCAGGCACUUAUAUAGCAACUUCAGAAAAAGGUUCCCAGGUGUUCAGCUAAAGAUGAUGAUGUGGAAGGCUGCAAAGGCAACAUAUGUCCAGGAAUGGGAGAGGAGGAUGAAGGAGAUUCAGCAGGUUGAUCAAGGAGCUUAUAAUCAUCUCAUGGAGAUCCCUGCCAAGUAUUGGAGCAAGUCCAGGUUUAAUUAUUUUCCUAGAGUUGAUACACUUGUUAACAACAUGUGUGAGUGUUUUAACUCUGUUAUUGUAGAGGCUAGAGAGAAACCGAUUGUGUCUAUGCUAGAAGACAUUAGGGUUUAUCUAAUGAAUAGGUGGUCUGAUAAUAGGCAAAGUAUAGUAACAUAUGCCGGAGAAAUAUUGCAAAAAAUAAACAAGAAAAUUGAAAGGGAGUUUGAUAAGGGUGGGGAGUGGCUGGCCAUAUAUGCUGGUAGGGACAAAUAUGAAGUGUCUAGCAGUCAGGGUAAUAGAGCCAAGUUUGUUGUGGACUUAAACUUACAUGAGUGCUCCUGUAGAAAAUUUCAACUAGCAGGUUACCCUUGUGAGCAUGCCAUGAGCUGCAUUAGGAAAAUGUGUCUAGAUGUUAAGAACUAUGUCAACAAGUGUUAUAGGAAAGAGACCUACGUGGACUGCUACCAACAUGUAAUCUACCCACUGAAUGGACCAAAUCUCUGGUCCCGGACUGAGAAUGAUGAUGUGCUGCCACCAGUGUUUAGGAAACCAAUAGGGUGCCCAAAACUGAGGAGGAACAAGACUGGUGAUGAGCCACGCAACAAUGGACCACUGUCUAAGUUAGCCAGGACUGGACAGCAACAAAAAUAUUCAUAUUGUUUUGCACUUGGUCACAACAAAAGAACCUGCCCUAGAAAACGUAAGAUGGAGGCCGCAGCAAAAAAGAAUGCAACUGCACAAUCCAAGAAAGGGGCCAAGAAAGGGGCUGGCACAACUAGGACUCCAAAACCCAACAAGAUCCCUGCCAAGACAACAACACAGCCAGCAACAAGAGUUCAGCCAAAGAGGAAGAGCAGUACACAAGUUGGAGGAAGCCAGGAGUCACAGACAUCAUCCAAGAGAGCUAGAUGCAGCAGCAGUGCCAGUCAACCACAACCAUCAACAGCAACAGUCACUAGCCCAUCUAAGAGGACCCUGAGGUUCAUGGCAAAAACACCACCUAGGGCCUGGAAGGCAUUGGGAUGA